AUGAAAAGGCUGGUCGACAAAGUGUACGGAAGCCAAGCGGAGAGCAUAAGCAAUAUCGUUUCGUCGUCUGGAAAACUGGUAACACCGGUUCUACCACAGGACUUGAAGGUUGUCAGCGCACGCCAGCGCCAGGUCAAUCAUAGCAGUUCUCAAAAGCCGAAAAAACAUAAACGUUACAUCCGCACGGCAGGCGGUGUUAUAUGGGAGGAUAUUUCGCUGACUGAUUGGGAAACAAAUGACUUCCGCAUUUUUUGCGGAGACCUGGGCAAUGAAGUCAGUGAUGAACUGCUGGCGAAGGCCUUUCGCAAAUAUCCAAGUUUCUUGCGCGCAAAAGUCAUCAGGGAUAAACGAUCAAACAAAACCAAAGGUUACGGAUUCGUGUCUUUCAAAGAUCCUCAGGAUUUCAUCAGAGCGUUGAGAGAAAUGGACGUAAUUUCAGGGAAGUAUGUCGGAAAUCGCCCUAUCAAGCUGCGAAAAAGUACCUGGAAAGAUAGAAACGUCGAAACCGUCCGAAAGAAGAUCAAAGAGAAGACGAAGCUUGGCCUGAAACUUUAA